UGGAGAUGCCAAAUCUGCCCUUGCCCCAGCGGGCCACCACCUAACCCCCUGUCGGGCACCGCCCCCCGGACCACCAUGGACCAGGGUGACCAUGCCACCCUACAUGCCCCGGAAGACACACCGGGUUGUGAGCCACAGAAGUUAACAACUGUGUUCAUGAUCGUGAUUAGUGCCGUGGCCCUGGUAACGCUGAUUGUGUUGGCGGUCACUCUGGGAGUCGCUGAUCCAGGGGGAAGAAACCCCACGGUGCCUCCAAUCCCUAGAUCCACCUGCGUGGAAAACCUAAUCAGGUGCCCCAAAAGCUGGCUGCGAUUCCACAACAAAUGCUUCUAUUUGUCAGCCGAAGCCAGGACCUGGGAGGGCAGCAAACACUUCUGCGCCUCACUCGAAGCCACUCUUUCGAAGAUCGCCACCAAGGAGGAGUUGGAUCUCCUGAAGAAAGAAGUGGGCCGAUUUGACUUUUGGAUCGGGCUGAGCAGGAAGAAAGACUCAAUCUGGAGGUGGACAGACGACGAUGUGUUCAACAGCUUAUUCCUCAUCAGUGGGGGAGGGGAGUGUGCCUAUUUAGACACUACCGGCGUUAAGAGUACCACUUGCCACCAGCCCAGAAGAUAUCUUUGCAGCAAAGCAGGCAUCUGCAGGCAGAAGAGAGGGGGAAUUCCACACAUGACAUACGGGGUUGAAAGUGAACGGACCUGAGGAAGAACUCACCCAGGUUUCCUCCAUCGGGCAGGGAAGGACCUUGUAACGAUAACAGCUCAAGGACAAGACCAUCACGCAUCAAUAAAGCAUAAAACU